UCAUGGAGGCAGUCCAUGGCCGUCGGCCCCUGUGCACCAUCGCGGUCGUCUUGGGCGACCCGAGGUCGUCGAUUAAGCAUCCAUGGAGUUACGGCUCCACAGCCCCGCCGGCGCCGAGCCGGCGGUCUACCCCUGGCCACUUUCCACCUCGGACAAGCAUGACGGUGCCAUCGAAAUUGUCGAGACGAUUCGAUGGGUCUGCGAGGACUUUCCGGAGCUCAAGGCGGCCAUGGAAAACCACGUCCUCAAUGACUAUGACACCAAAAGCUAUGAGAGCAUGCGGACCCUCUGCGACAAGUACAACAGAGCGAUCGACAGUUUCUUGCAACUGUGGAAGGGCACGUCGCGUCCUGAGCGGCUGCACACGCGACCGUCGACGGCGCUCCUGCGGCACAUCUUGCAGCAGGUGUACAACACGGCCAUUGUCGAUCCCGAGAGGCUCAACUCGUACGAGCCUUUCUCUCCCGAGGUGUACGGCGAGACGUCCUUUGAGUUUGUGGCGCAGAUGAUCAACGAGCUCGAGUUCACACCCGACGAUGUCUUCAUAGACCUGGGCAGCGGCGUAGGACAGGUGGUUCUCCAGGUGGCAUCCUCGACGCCUUGCAAGAUGUGCAUCGGCAUUGAGAAGGCUGAGGUGCCAUCGCGGUACGCGCAGUCUAUGGAUGCGCUCUUCCAGUUCUGGAUGCGCUGGUAUGGCAAGACCCAUGGGGACUACAGACUCAUCAAGGGCGACUUCCUUCAUGAUUCUCACCGGGAUAUGGUCCUGAACGCCUCGAUUGUUUUUGUCAACAACUUUGCAUUUGGGCCAACGGUAGACCACAUGUUGAAAGAGAGGUUUGCCGAGUUGAAGGACGGCUCGCGGAUCGUCUCCUCUAAGGCCUUCUGUCCUCUCAACUUUCGUAUCACGGACAGAAACCUCAGCGACAUUGGAACCAUCAUGCACGUCAAGGAGAUCCAGCCUCUGAAGGGCUCGGUCUCUUGGACGGGCAAGCCGGUCUCCUACUAUCUUCAUGUCAUAGACCGGACGAAGCUUGAGCAGUAUUUCCAACGCCUCAAGAAUCCUAAGCUGAGGGACGACGACGCGUCAAGCAAUUCGUCGCGGAGCCGUCGCAGCAACGGCCACAAUGGUCACGGCACGCGCUCGGCAAACGGCAGCGUCUGCAACGGCAGCCUGAGCCACGACUCAUCAUCCAACGACUCGAGGGUUGACGACUGCCUCGUGCUGGGACCCACAACACGCCGGGCCUGGUCCGACUGGUGCAACAAGGGGCCGAUGCCAAGCGGGAAACAGGGCAGCAGUGUGUCGGCUCAUAGCAGCGGGCAUGAGAGCAACGAUGAGAAUGAGCCUGUGAAGAGGCGACCAAAAGCACCAAGACGAACCCCACGGCGGAAAAAGCCAAGCAAGGUGGAUUCCGGGGCGUCAUCAGUCGCAUCGGUUGAGGUGCGCAAGGGACCGGGACGGCCAAAGAAAUCGCCCCAGCGUACCAACAGGCGCGUAGGGCGCAAGCCAAUGAAGUUCAGCGGCCUCGAUCUGCUGCAUGCCCAGACGGUGCUGAGCACAUCCAGUGCAGCUGCCAUGCACACGGAGCCUGCCCCGGGCUGUGUGGACCAGAAACUCGGGGGCUUGGCUCCGGAAGAAGGGUCGCUCUCUAGCGAGCUGCCGACCGGCUUCCACGAAGUCACCAUCAAGACCGAGCCACCCACGGAGACGUCCAUGGACAGCAUCACAGCGGCCGCCUUGACCAGCUCAAUGGCCGCGUCGGGCCCGCCGCCGCGACCGCUGACUCCAUUGGUCGAGCCGCCCGAGCUGAAGGCAAUGCUGAACGAUUUUCGGGCGCAGUACAUGGCCAUGCUGAACCACAUGCGGACCGAGCAGUACCGGCAGCAGGUCAAGGAGCACAUUGCCAGGGAGAGGGAACGCAACGAGAGGCUAGUGGCUAAAGCAGCACACUUGGAGCGGCAGAUCAAGCACCUCAUCGAUGACAGCGUGGUCCUGCUCAAGGCACGCAUGAACGAGCUGGGAGUGCAGAGCCACACACCCGCCGACCUUAUCAACAAAUGGCGUCUUCAGAGAGCAAGUGCCGACAGCCAUCGUACACUGCUUCAGGCAAAAGAAAUUGUGGUGCGCCACAAGGAAUUGCAAGCAAAGGCAGCAACCUUGGAGCGAGAGGUCAUUCACCUGGAGGAGCAGCAGGCAGAAGUGCUGGCGAGGCAGGUUCCAAACGUCAGGGUCCCGCUACCCCCGACACAGGGGGUCACGGCCAACAACCAUCUGGCUUCAUCGACAGGAGUGGACAGCUCCGCCGCUGUCCCCACCAUUACCACCUCGGCUGCUGCGGCGACUACCAAUGGCUUCUUUCUGCCCCACAACCCUGAGGAGCUGAGCCAGCUGUCACAGGAGCACAUAUUGCGCGAAAUCAGCAGCACCCUGUCGCAGCGUCGCAAGCUUCACAACAAAGUCCAAAAGCUGGAAGGUGAAGUGCAGGAGCUGGAACGCACCCUAGUCUCGCCACCUCCACGGAGGCCGCCCACGCUUGUCUCUCCUUUCGCCACAAUGCAGCAACACCCACAGCCUCCAUCUGUGCCAAUCUCUCUUGCGGGACCAGUCCCCGACCUUGUCUCUGAUCCCAUUGCAACGCAGCAGCAGAUGGACAGCAAGCCCGACGACUUGUCAAAUCGAAUCAUUCGUGCGACAACGCCGCCGCCCCCCAAGCUAGGACCCCAGGCCAUGACAUCGGCUUCGCCCGCUGCCGCUUGGCCGUCCACUUCCGUUUUGGCAAAGACGGCCGCUCAGGAGUCGCCGGUGCCGACAGAUUCGAGCAGCGUGGUUACGGAGCAUGGCCCUCCUGUCGGUGGGCCGCCUAGUGUCAUACAGAGUGCCCCGCCAAAGGAAAAAGGUACCAAAGACAAGGUUGCCGCUGCUUCUCUUUCCAAGGUGGCGGUGUCGGCAACUUUGAAUGCUGAGGAUACCCAACCGGAGAGAUCGCGGCCCCCCGUCAUUCGGAGCGGUAUCAAGGACAUUGUCGACGCGAGUUGCUUCUCGAUGACCUACUCUCCGGCAAUGGCCGCUGGGCGAGCUUCGGCCGCUCACACCGAAGCCACUCUGGCUGCUGCACCGACGGCAGUGGCAACAAAGUCCGUGGACACGUUGCACGUAAGUCGGGACAAGUCCCCAACAAAGUCGAGCCACCAUAAGGUGCCAUUGCCACUGCAGCCGCGAACGACAGCUCCUCCACCGGAAUCUCCAAUACACUGUGCCACCCAGGACGAACUGCCGCCGACGCCAAAGACACCACUCGAGGAGUCGCCUGCUGCGAGUAGUUGCGGCGGAGCUGCACAUAUGUCAUCGCGCAAGAGCAGCUCGCCGUCCAAGUCCAAGCAUAGAAAGUCACCUCGGAAACGGGAUACCAGCCCUCCUCCGCCGCCGCCUCCACCUCCACCACCACCGCCCCCACCUCCACCGCCUCCGUCAGCGUCUGCCUCACCACCUCUGCCUCAACAGGCCAAGAAGAAAGCGGAACUGGACGAUGCAGCCACGCCCACGGCAGCACCUCCGUCAAAACCGUCCAAUGGGCUCAUCUUAAACCUGGGCAGCCUUCUAGCUUCGCGGAACGGCUACAGCCCGAAGCGGGAGGACAGAGCAUCACGAAAACUCAAACGAAAGCACUCGCCGCACAAGCUGCGCGGUACAGACGCGACGGUGGAGAGCAUCAAGCCUCCUCUGUUAGGGCUUGGGGACAAGACUGUGUGCAUACGUAUGAAGUCUGAAACUGGAGUGGAUGUCGAAGAGAAGUUCACCAUCAAAGCCGAGGCGCUGUCUCGGAGGCCAGAGGGCUCUUCACAUGGCCGUCAUCACUGGCAGGCACGUGUGAGCAGUGGCUUUGACAAGCUGGUCGCACUGGCCUCCUCCAACCCGCCGCCCGAGUCGACGCCGACUGCAUCACGAAAGGAGCCGGCGACCACUGCCAGUGGGGCCUCGUCGUCUUCGUCCUCAUCGUCCUCGUCGGAGCACUGCGAGGCCCCCCGACAGGCAGCUCUGCAGCAGCAGCCGCACAAGAAGUGGGUGGUCGAUAGGGUUCACCGGAAGGACCGCGCAGGGGAAAGCGGCACGCAGCUCGAGAGCCUGUCCAUCAAGAUCAAGGCCGUGAACGCGGGCCCGCCCUCGCCGACGGCCCGCAAGAGGCAUCGGAGCCCGCCGGCUCCUUCCCUGAGCACCUCUUCCUCCAAGAAGGGGAGUGGGGCGACGGUGGCCGGCCGGUCUCCGCUGCCCAAGAGGCGGGGCCCGCGCACCCCGCCGGACACGCCCCCUCGGACUCCAUCUGCCUCCCCCGAGCGGCCCGCCACGCCACGUACGCCACUGUCGCCCGUGCCUCUUUCGCAUCGUGCCCGCCACGAAGACGAGCACCCGCACAGCCCCAUCAGCAGCGUGGAUAGCCCGUUCAGCCGACGAAGCCGUUCCACAAGCCCCUUACCUGGCAGUCCCGUUGAAGGGGAUGACGCCGACGAUGCCGACCGUGCCACGCCACGCAGUGGCACUUCCAGCACCGACGAGCCGCCACGGCCACCACUAGGCAAUACCGUGUAUAACAAGCUUGGGCUUGGCACCCGGGACAUAUCGGUCACCUCCGAGCAGCAGCAGGCAUCCUCGGUUGGCGUGGCUCCAGAUAAAGAUAGACUAUGGGACUGGGCCAAAGAGCAACCGGCAGCCACGAAAACCCUCCCAGGUACACCGUCGCUCUCGGAGCCUGCAUCAUCGUUCAGCGCCGCAGUGUCGUACGCAGGCACCAGCCUGGCUACUUCGUCGCUGCGGUCGCAGGCGCCCCUGAUGCUGGUCACCUCGUCAGCUUUGGCCCCGCCCCCGUUGCCACCUUCACUCACGCCGCAGAUGGCAGCGGCACCUCCCCCGCCGCCUCCACCACCGCACUGCUCGCUGCCGCCGCCGCUGAUGGCCAAUGUGUCUGUGCCGCCACCAUUCAACAUGCCCCCUCCACCACCUCCUCCGCGCUCGGGACCUGUGUUCAACCCAUCGCAGUUGGUGUUGCCAGACACUUCUAUCCCACCCCCGUUUCUUGGGCCCAAUCCAAUGGCGCCUCCUCCGUGCAACUUCACCGUGCCCCCGCCCAACAUAUUGGCUGCUGCGGCAACCGGCCGUCCCGCUUCUCAGCAUACUGCGGGAACUGAGCCACCGCCACAGCACAGAUCCCGCCCCCAUUUGGCCCCACCUCCUUACACGGCAGGGCCUUACACGCUACCCUUGGAGUCUGCUCAGCGAGUGCCUCAUUACACUUCGCACCCGCCUGGACUGGCACCACACAAAAUGGCCCAUCCUGUGCACGCACAGCACUACCUGACUUGACGGCGGCGUCACCGGGGCUCGACCCGAAAGCGGAAACGACGAGAUUCUCAGCAUCGCCAUCACCACACUGCCACUGCACUUGUUGACGAAGCGACGACCGUAGAGUCGCUGGGACGCAGUUCGGUCGAUGCCUGAUUAUCCUGUGCGAUGCGAUGUGUGUACGCACGCGUUCGAACGUUCUUGCUUUGGUUCCGUUUUGAAAGCUUUUUGUGGGCCAACGACCGAUGCUGGAGAGCGAAAGAGGUGAUCACAGUCAUCGUCUUUCGGUUGCUCGGGCUCCGGAUUCCUUCUAGAGGAAGGCGCCGCAUCGUUUUUUUUGUGUUUUUGACGGGGAGGGGAAGUGCGUUUCCGUUCUGUUAUAGACAGGGUGCUGCUUAUUUUGUCACUGGCCAGCGGAAACCUCACUCCUUUAAUCUUGCAUGCUGCAUUCGUGAAGAAGCACUUUUACGAGUUCUUGUACUUUGUUGCAUGCUUUAACCUUUUUUCGAUAACCCUCUCGAUUAUUUAUUGAGCGUGGCCUAUUGAUGCCGAACACGAUGAGUGCUAAGCAAGUGGAAAGAAAAUGAACGGAACUGUGGCUCGCCCAGUCGGCCUGGAAUCUACGGUCAUGCGUCUGAAUUGAAAUCAAGCAAUGCUUUCUUUUGUUGUUGUCGUCCAUUGUAGAUAUUCGGGAGUUUCGCCUUAUUGCGCAGGUCCCUGCUCAUUCGUGCGCCUUGUAUUAUAUGCAUGUGUUUACCAAUGACAUAGGAGGGUUUCCUGGCGUGGCCAGACGGUGCGAGCUGUGCGCGAGAGGCCUUCCAGGCGUAAUGGAGUCUCGAAUCAUCACCAUGUUUAACUGAUGCGCUUUUUUAUUGUCGCGCAUCGCCAAUUUGCAAUGCAAAUGCUGGUUUCAGAUGGUUCCCACGAAGCGACAAGCAAGCCGAGGGUUCUGUGAAAGAUUACAUGCUCUUCUGAGUUUCGAUGUGGAUGAGUGUAUUUAUGCUAUUUUUUUCGAUUGCCAGCUCUACCAAUGGUAUGACAAGAAGUUUGCAUGUCUAGGCCCUCGGUUUUUACGCCAGGAAAAUUAACUUGCCCUUCUCCAUGCUGUUUGUUUUAUUUAUUGUGUGUUUUUUUAGCUUGGACAUUUUCCCCUCCCCUAACCAAAGCGUGCCACAGACAUGCACUGUAGCUCAUUAUUAACUUUGAACACUGCCACCAUUUAUAAUUUUUUUUUUUAGUAUUUUUCACGAGAAACUAGUCAGAAAAAGUGAAUCGUAGUGUUUGUCCUCUAGUAGGUUCGUGGCGUUACCUUUUUUUCCUCUUCCAAGCUUUAAUUCCCAUGCUUUCCGUGUAACAUGGGAACGGGAAAAAAAAACACCCUCUUUUUUUUUUGUAUGUUCUUACCUGUUCUCUACACUUUUUUUAAAACAAGCACUCAGUGCACGUAGUACUUCUUUCAAACACUGGGAAAAUUUCGUGAGAAAGGUGAUGUCCUUUUUGCUGUUUUCUUAAAAAGCUUGCUGGACUUACGGUAUCAUGCAGAUUCUACAAAAACAAAAAAAAAAAGGACAUCUUGCUCGUUUGCGGAUGCCUUUUUCAUAGUGUUUGGGAACUGAAAAACCAACAAGGGAGGCGAGCCAUCGAGACCAAAAUGUGUUCAUUUGUCCGACUGCUGGUUAGUCUAAGGACUUUGCUGUCAGCGGUUCUUUUUUUUGGUUUCCGUCUUCCUUGACUGUUCGGCUAGUGGACCUUUUCAUUUAAUUCCGGCACUUAAUUAUUGGAAGUUACGGUUACAUAGAAAAUGUUGCUUCCAGUGUUCCUUUUCUUUUUAUGCAAAUGGAAGUGUUCCCGCUUUGUGCAUUCGCAUUCGGCAUUUUCAUGCGGGCGUAUUUGAGAACUCUAGUGCCUACUAUUUUCUGGAAAGUGGCUCAGUUGGGAGUUGCAAAAAUGGUUUUGAGUUUUGCUGAAGCUCCAAGCAACUUUUAAGCUCUACUUCCCACUUCAGUGGAGGCAGGCUGUUGCACCUGACACUUCUGAGCAGUCGGCAUAAAGUUGUGCAAGAAAUCAUUGCCUAAGAGCAUAUGCAUAAUGGCUUGAGAAGGUUUGGGCAAAACUAUACUUUUCACUAAAGCCACACUUCAGUGUAGUGCGCUGAACUUCUGACUUUCGAGCCGCCCAGUUGUUGUCAUUUGGCAACAAUGCUGAAAAAAUUGAGCCUUUUUUUCUGAUGUUUGCGAAUGUCGUAAAUUUUAAAAUUGGUACUACUUUAGUGUCAGUGUUGCAGCAGUGUCAAAAUAUUAUGUUUGCAUAUUUUCGAUGACAUACUGUUGACACACGCUACAAGCCAAGGCUUGAAGGCUGGACUGAUUAUGAGGAAUCCACAUUAUGAG